AUGGAGGCGGCUCUGGUGACUGUGGCCACGGGGGUCCUCAAACCUGUCCUGGGGAAGCUGGCCACCCUGCUCGGCGACGAGUACAAGCGUUUUAAGGGUGUGCGCAAGGAGAUCAGGUCUCUCACUCAUGAGCUCGCCGCCAUGGAAGCUUUUCUCCUCAAGAUGUCGGAGGAGGAGGAGGAUCUCGAUGUGCAGGAUAAAGUUUGGAUGAAUGAGGUGCGGGAAUUGUCCUAUGACAUGGAGGAUGCCAUCGAUGACUUCAUUCAAAGCGUUGGUAACAAAGACGAAAAACCAGAUGGCCUCAUUGAGAAGAUCAAGAGCUCUCUAGGGAAGUUGGGAAAUAUGAAGGCUCGUCAUCGAAUCGGCAAGGAGAUUCAUGAUCUGAAGAAACAGAUCAUUGAGGUGGGUGAUAGGAACGCAAGGUACAAGGGUCGUGAGACCUUCUCCAAUACCAAAAAUGUGACCGUUGACCCUAGAGCUCUUGCUAUCUUUGAGCAUGCAUCAAAGCUCGUCGGAAUUGAUGAACCCAAGGCUGAGUUGAUCAAGUUGUUAACUGACGAGGAUGGAGUUACAUCAACACAACAACAAGUGAAGAUGGUCUCCAUUGUUGGAUCGGGAGGAAUGGGCAAAACAACUCUUGCAAACCAAGUGUAUCAAGAGCUGAAAGAGAAAUUCAAGUGUAAGGCUUUCAUAUCAGUGUCACGAAAUCCAGAUAUGAAAAAUAUCUUGAGAACCCUCCUAAGUGAAGUUGGGUGUCAAGAUUAUGCUGACACCGAAGCAGGGAGCAUACAACAACUAAUAAGGAAGAUUACCGACUACCUAGCAGAAAAAAGGUAUUUUAUAGUGAUUGAUGACAUAUGGGAUGUUAAAACAUGGGAUGUUAUUAAGUAUGCAUUUCCCAUGACCAGAUGCGGUGGUGUAAUAAUCACCACUACUCGGCUGAGUGAUGUUGCAUGUUCAUGUCAUUCAUCAAUCGGUGGCCAUAUUUAUAAUAUAAGGCCUCUUAAUAUGGAGCACUCAAGACAGCUAUUCAAAAUAAGAUUAUUCAGCUCUGAAGAAGAUUGCCCUUCAUCGCUCGUGAAAGUUUCUAAUCAAAUCUUGGAAAAGUGUGAUGGGUUGCCUUUGGCAAUCAUUGCUAUAGCUGGUUUGUUGGCUAACACAGGAAGAUCAGAGCAUCUAUGGAACCAAGUGAAAGAUUCAAUUGGUCGUUCACUUGAAAGGAAUCCUAGUGUCGAAGUAAUGAUAAAGAUAUUGUCACUUAGUUACUUUGAUCUUCCUCCGCAUCUAAAAACAUGUCUCCUGUAUCUCAGUAUAUUUCCGGAAGAUUCUAUUAUUGAGAAGAAAAUACUAAUAUCAAGAUGGAUUGCCGAAGGAUUCAUUCACAAAGAAGGUAGAUAUACUGCAUAUGAGGUAGGAGUGAGGUGUUUCAAUGAGCUCGUCAACAGGAGUUUGAUCCAACUUGUGAAGACAAAUAGUUUUAAGGGGAAGAGCUGUCGAGUUCACGACACAAUUCUUGAUUUCAUAGUAUCCAAGUCUAUUGAAGAGAACUUUGUUACUUUCAUUGGUGUCCCCAAUUUAACUACCAUGGCACAAAGCAAAGCCCGUCGUCUCUCCAUUCAAGUUGAAGCGGAAGGGAUGCCGAUGAACCUGAUAUUAUCUCAUGUCCGAUCACUUAACGUGUUCGGGAAUACAGUGAAUAUUCCUUCGAUCAUGGAGUUUAGGCAUUUGCGUGUCCUUGAUUUUGGAGGAAACAGACUAUUGGAAAACCGUCAUCUCGCGUAUGUAGGGAUGCUGUUUCAGCUAAGGUACCUCAAUUUUUACGUGACAGCAGUAAGUGAGCUCCCGGAACAAAUCGGACACUUACAGUGCUUAGAGAUGUUGGACAUCAGGCGUACAGAGGUGUCUGAGUUGCCAGCCAGUAUUGCCAAUCUCGGCAAACUUGCACACUUACUUCUUAGCUCAAAUACUGGCACAAAUGUUAAGUUUCCCGACGGAAUUGCUAAGAUGCAAGCACUGGAGGUUUUGCAUAGCGUUAACACCUGCAAUCAGUCAUAUAACUUUCUGCAAGGGCUUGGUCAGCUAAAGAAUCUGAGGAAACUGGGCAUUAACUAUCGGGGUGUUGCCCAUGAAGACAAGGAAGUUAUUGCUUCUUCUCUCGGUAAACUAUGCACACAAAACCUUUGUUCUCUAACUAUGUGGAAUGAUGAUGACGACUUCUUGCUAAAUACAUGGUGCACUUCUCCGCCGCUUAACCUCCAAAAGCUUGCCAUAUGGGGUUGUAUAUUCCCAACAGUUCCGCAUUGGGUAGGAUCACUCGUCAACCUACAGAAGUUACACUUGGAGGUGGGGAGAGGUAUCCGGCAUGAAGAUAUCUGCAUCCUUGGAGCCUUACCCGCUCUGCUCACUCUGGGUCUAGAAGGAAGAGAAAAAGAGCCUUCUUGUGAAGACGGAAGGCUGGUAGUUAGUGGUGAAGCUGGGUUCCGAUGCUUGAGGAAGUUUAAUUACUGGAGAUGGGGAGAUUGGAUGGAUCUUAUGUUUACGGCAAAAUGUAUGCCCAAACUAGAAAAACUGAAGCUUAUAUUUUACCGGCAUGCCGAAGAUGAGGCUCCCAUCAUUCCUGCUUUUGAUUUCGGGAUCGAAAACCUGUCCAGCCUCACUACUUUCAAAUGUCACCUAGGUUGUAGGCCUAUGACAACGAAAAUUGUUGACACUGUAAAGGCUUCUCUGGACAGAGUAGUCAGCGCACAUCCCAACCCCAUUACUCUAAUCUUCAGUUAUUGUUGUGUGGUCUGUAAGGAUUUCUGUGCUGGUCGAUGCCUUCUGUCUAAAAAUCUUCAGUCAUCCUCCGAAUCUACUUGA